UUGUAAUUAUACUUUAAUGGGGUUUUAUAAUUUUAUUUUUCAGUUUGGGGUUUUUGUCGGUGUUUAAGUGGGUUGAAAUGUGUCGAAAGUUGUGUAGCGCCCGUAGUCGUAGGGGACAACAUAACCUGAACGUAUUCGGGGCGCAUCUCUCGGUUUCGGUUAAAAAUAAAAGUGUGGCUUGUUCGGGUGUUUGUUUACGAUAAAAGGCGUGUUUUUUCUCCCAAUUUUGAGUUUUUCCGGAGUUUUCCGAACCUUUUUCCCUCGAAUAGGCGUAAAAAGAAAAGUACGAUUUUGAAAUAUACAAUCCUAGUGGGUUGACGGAAGGUAGAAUCGACGAAACCGUCUCCGGAGCAGUAUUUCCUCCUGGAUAUUGACAUUCUUUUCUCUAUUUUUAUUUCCAAGACGGCUUUCGGCAUGCCGGUUGAUUUUGAUCUUUGCUGAAAAAUUCGAAAUCUAUUUCUUUCUCGUUCUUUUUCUUUUUUCCCCUGGACGGAAAAUAGAAGAAAACCGCCACAGCCUCAUCUCGCAAACGGGACGAUAUGGCGUUGACGGCAGACGACCAGAGGGACGGCCCGGAGGGCGAAACCCAGGAGGACGAACCGCCGGCCGGCGAGCCCGAACCGACCCCGGCCGACGAGAGGGACAGGAUGAAAGACCUACUACUCGCCGACCUCGACUACAUCCAACAGAUGUACGUUCACUUGAACUCGAAAGACAAGACGAUCAGCGAUUUAAGACACGAAAACGAAAUGCUCAAGAAGAGGAUUCACAGGAUGGGGAGGCGUGUUUCGCUCACGAAGAUGCGCAACGUCCACCAGAAGAGGUCAAGACUCGGGAGCGCCGGCGGCGUGAAGAAAGAGUUCAUGAUCCAUGACAAAAGCAUUGAAAGGAUGGGGAAGCGGCAGAGGCUAGAGGGCGAGGCGAAUGACCCGGCCCGGAAGAAAAAAAAGCCUAAAGACGAGAAGAAAGACCAUUCGGACAAGGAAAAGAAAAAAAAACGUAAUAAAUUUCUAGAUGACGGUAAGGAGUUACAAGUGCACAACCUCGCGCACUCCUUGAAGAUGCAAAGUGAAGCGUCGAUUGGGCCGCUCCUCCAACGAUUCAGCAAACUGACCGUGACAUCGAGUGCCUAUUAUACGUCUGUUGGAGAGAAAUUGACACCGAUGAUCCCAUCGUCAGAGCCGUUCAAAGUUACAACACUCGAGGUGCCAAAGUGGACGAUAAAAGCAUACACAAGCUGUUUCACAAUUGAUGGGACUGAAAACCUGAGCGAUGAUGUGUUCGCAAGGCGUCAUUUCAGGCUCGCAAUUGAUGAAAAAAGGAGGAAACGGUGGGAUGUCCAGAGGAUAAGAGAGGAAAGGAGGAUAGAGAAACUGAAAGAGCGAGAGCUGAAGAAAAACGCGAAACAGGAAGCGCUCAAUAACCCGACACCGAUACAGUCAUUCUGGCCCAACCCUGAGGAGAUAAACGACCGCCUUUCACUCAUAGUCAUGGAAAAGAUCCCUGUUGCCGUAUUCGGCAUACCGAUACCGUAUUCCACUGAGUGCGAACCUACCCUUUGGUGGCAGAAUGGCAAAGUACAAAUGAACGCCAAGACGAAAAGGCGAAAAAGAUAAGAUUUAUUUCUUCUGCAGCUUUGAAGAAAUUAAUUUAUUUUUUUAUUUAUAAAAGAAAAAGGAGAAAAAAUAUUCUCGCAGGUUUUAUAAAGUUCUUUGGCCCGAUAUAGUUUGUAUUAUAAGAUAGGUUAUAUUUUUUCAAAAAAAUAAAUAAAUAAAAUAAAACCACCAAAAAAAACAAGACCUUUUUGUGUAAAUAUUAUAAAAUAAAAUAAAAGUGGAAAGAAAAACUAUCUCGUCUUACCUCCACUUUAGACUGUUUACUUAGAUGAGGAUUGUUAUUUCAACUGAUAAAAAUUUAACAAAAAUAAUAAAAAUUGGUUUAAUGUU